AUGUCGCCACAGGUGCAAAUCCAGCUACAGAAGGUGCCCUUCUACCAGGGCGCCAUCGACUGCGUGGAGAUGGGCAUCGAAAGUUCCCUGCAGGUCAGCAACGUGCGGCUGCGACGGGCCGUGAAGAGCCAGGAACAGGUCAGAUCACAUCCAGCAUAUCCCUUGCUCUUCGAUCCACAGACCGCGGGUGGUCUAUUGGCGGCGGUACCCAAAGACUACGCCGAGCAAUGUGUUGCCGAACUCCGUGCCAGCGGUGCAAGCUUCGCCGCCAUUAUCGGAUCGGUGCUGGAGAAAGCAUCCGCGCCGGAAGUGAUCAAUGUGGUGAGUGCCUGAAAUUUCUCAGGGUUUCAGAUUAGG